AUGGUUCUUUUCAGAGAAAGUGGCCUUCACAAGACCUCAAGGAAUGUUAUCGUUGCAGAGGUACCGGUCAUCAUCCAGCGACGUCUCAGUCUAGUUGAGCGGUUUCCUGCACUAUUUGGUCCAGGAGUCAGUACCUUGGAGGGAAGUCAAGUCAGGAUUACACUGAAGGAGGGAGCUCAACCGAAGUUCUAUAGACCCCGUCCUGUACCGUACGCGUUACAAGAGAAAGUGGACAGUGAGCUGUCACGGUUGCAAAACGAGGGCAUACUGAGACCUAUGGAAAGCAGUCAGUGGGCUGCGCCCAUAGUAGUGGUCCGGAAGGCAGAUGGGACUGUGCGUCUGUGUGGAGAUUACAAGGUGACAAUUAAAUCUUAUUUAGAGAGCAAUCCAUACCCUAUGCCUAAUCCGGAAGAUCUUUUUGCCACACUAGCAGGAGGAGCCAUAUUUUCAAGGCUGGAUAUGAAACAUGCUUACCAACAGUUGCAAGUGGAGCUAGACAGCCAAGAAUAUCUGACCGUGAAUACCAGUAAGGGGCUGUUCACUUACACUCGAAUGCCGUUUGGGAUCAGCACAGCACCCAGCAUCUGGCAGAGAGAAAUGGAUAGGAUCUUGGCAGGAGUUGCUGGAACAGUAUGCUACAUGGAUGAUAUCUUAGUCAUAGGAGAGAACGAAUCACAGCAUCAUGAGAGACUCAUGGCAGUUUUACAGAAAUUGGACAAAGCGGGUCUAAAGUUCAAACGAGACAAAUGUGAAUUCAACAAGUCAUAAGUUGAAUAUUUAGGCCAUGUUAUCAGCAGCAGAGGCAUCCAACCAUCAGAGAGCAAGGUGGCGGCAAUUCGAGAUGCACCACCACCGACCAGUGUUACUGAAUUGAAGGCAUUUUUGAGUCUUCUCAGUUACUAUAGGAAGUUCCUGCCUAAUCUGAGUUCAGUAUAGGAACCAUUAUAUGAGUUGUUGCAGAAACAGAGACAGUGGUCUUGG